AUGUUUGUUCACCGGAGCAAAACCCCAGCCAACCUCAGAAAGCCAACCUUACCCGCCCGACGGGUAAGCCGACAGACCACGGAAACUAAUUCUAUAAGGUGCCUUCGCAUUCCUACGCGGAUAAGGUGCCUUUCCACUCCUACGCGGAUAAGGUGCCUUAACACUCCUACGCUGAUAAGGUGCCUUCCCACUCCUGCGCGGAUAAGGUGCCUUCCCACUCCUACGUGGAUAAGGUGCCUUCCCACUCCUGUGCGGAUAAGGUGCCUUCCCACUCCUAGGCGGAUAAGGUGCCUUUCCACUCCUACGCGGAUAAGGUGCCUUAACACUCCUAUGUUGAUAAGGUGCCUUCCCACUCCUACGCUGAUAAGGUGCCUUCCCAAUCCUACGUGGAUAAGGUGCCUUCCCACUCCUACGUGGGUAAGGUGCCUUAACACUCCUACGCUGAUAAGGUGCCUUUCCACUCUUACGCGGACAAGGUGCCUUCCCACUCCUACGCGGAUAAGGUGCCUUAACACUCCUAUACUGAUAAGGUGCCUUUCUACUCCUACGUGGAUAAGGUGCCUUCCCACUCCUACGCUGAUAAGGUGCCUUCCCACUCUUACGCGGAUAAGGUGCCUUCCCACUGCGACGCGGAUAAGGUGCCUUAUCACUCCUACGCGGAUAAGGUGCCUUAACAAUCCUACGUUGAUAAGGUGCCUUCCCACUCCUACGUGGAUAAGGUGCCUUUCCACUCCUACGUGGAUAAGGUGCCUUCCCACUCCUACGCGGGUGCAUUCCCACUCCUACGCGGAUAAGGUGCCUUCCCACUCCUGCGCGGAUAAGGUGCCAUCCCACUCCUACGCGGAUAAGGUGCCUUUCCACUCCUACGUGGAUAAGGUGCCUUCCCACUCCUACGCUGAUAAGGUGCCGUCCCAAUCCUACGCUGAUAAGGUGUCUUCCCACUCCUACGUGGAUAAGGUGCCUUUCCACUCUUACGCUGAUAUGUCGAGUUUCUUCUUCUUCUUUUUCUUCUUUUUCUUUUUCUUCUUUUUCUUUUUCUUCUUUUUCUUCUUCUUUUUCUUCUUCGUACCGUUGUUCAUCUAUAACUGGAAAGGAUGUCCCGGGUACGGCGGCAGCGGGGGUGCUGGGGGGUCGCAUCCAUCACUUAAAACGCGCAUCAAUCAUCGACAUUAG